UGACCAACUGAUCCAGAGGCAGGGAGGUCGAGCUCCAGGUAACAUCUUUUAAAUUAUUGUACAACAUUGUUCCAAGGUCCAUCGUGCUAGCUUACAUUAGCCAACCCGAGAGUUAGCGAUGUGUAAACACGGUCAUAAAGGGCUACACUAAGGUAACAAACUUAAUAACACACUCGCUCUCCAUCUACGCCUUCAUGUGGCAUGUUUUUAGUGAACUGUUGCAUAUUUCCUCGCGAUAUAUCUACGUUUCAUAAAGGUCUAAUGUGUUAUCAAGUAGCUGAGCCAUGUUUGUUUAGCUCGCGACGGCUACAUCAAGGCGACUGGUCCACAUCAAUAACGGAAACACGUCAUUUUACUUAAAAAAUAAAAGCAUUAUUUACUUUGAGGUGUGGGGUAAGCGUUAAAACUUUGAGUAUUUUCAGCGUGAAAUCGUUUAAUUUCCUCAAAUUAGGGUUCAACUAUGUGUAUUUGUAGCUGGUGCACAAUAGUCGUCUCGUAGCUUUAUUUGCAUUCAUUUUUAUUUAUAUUAAGCGGAAGCUUAGGCUUUUUUGAAUUGAAAAAAAAAUGUAUGAUGAGCUCCUGGGAGUAGUCUCAUCUGGUCACGAAAAGUCUAAUAAUAACGGUAAUGUACUUGGAUCGCCCAAAAUGCAAAACAGACCAGCUGCAACAAGAUAUCUAGUUCCUACAUAAUAAUUUCAAAUGUCUGUCUCCUCUGAGUGAGAAUAUUUGCUGUUAUUUCGUAGCAAAUAUUAAAACAAUUUUUUGGAAAAAAAAUACUGAUGCUCUGGACCAGAAGAUUAAUUAAGAGACAAGAGUUACUCUGUCCUCAGGGGUCUGAAGAUUCAAACAGAAGUAGCCCAGAGCAGAACAAAUGCAAACUUAACAUACAUGCUUUACUUUCUAACUUGUAGUUUUUAUAUAUUUAAAAAAAUUCUAUAUACAGUCUAAGUUUUGCAGUUUCCAGUCUUAACUUGACUAGGUUAAAAGGUUAUGUAGAGAUUUAUCAAAAACUUAACAUACCUGCUUUACUUCUUAACUUGUAGUUUUUAUAUAUAUGUAUGAAGGUUAUGUAGAGAUUUAUCAAAAAAUCUCUACAAUUUUUCAUGUUAAACUUAGAAUCAUCAGGCCUGACAUCUGUGGUGACCAAAAUAAAUUUACCAGCUAUGACUCAGUGACUCACUUCCUAUUCUCCCUUAUUUAAAUGAAAUGAGCUUCCUUAAUUUGCUCAUAAGCUCUGUGUGCUCUCAGACUGCAACAAUGUCUUUCCUGGACACUCUGCGUCAGUGGGACGAGGCUGUCACCUGUGUGGACCAAGGAGAUCUAUCAGAAGCUCUCAGGAUUUCCCUUUCUAUCCAAGAACCAAACUCCAAAAUUUUCUUUAACAUAGGCUGUCUACAGAUUAUCAACCAAGACCUGGAAGCUGCUGAAAAGGUAAAUCCCCACUUAAAAAAUCACACACACACUCACAUAUAUAUCUAGUAAUUUUUUGAUGUUAUCACAAAAAAGCAUUUAAUGCUGAUGUAGUCUCCGAUUGCAGAAGUGUUGAUAAUUUGAAGAUUGAAAGGGCGAGUCAUUCGAAAAGAAGAAGUAGAGUUUACCGUUUCUCUUUUCCUCUGGAGGAAGUUACAGUGUUUUCUGAUAUUUCACAGGCCUUUGAUUGCAGCAUUCAAAAAGACGAGCAUCUGGCUGCUGCCUUCUUUCAGAGAGGAAUCACAUUUUACAAAAAAGAGAGGCAAGCUUUCAACAUGUCUUCAUUUUUUUUAUUCAGCAACCCAAAUGCCAAAAGAGCUGAAUCACGUAAAAUGUACAUAGAAAUAUAAUUGUGUGGUUUGCAAAUCAUUUAAAUCCAUUAUGCUGUUGAAAAUAUUGCAAGGACAAUACACCAAAUGCUGACACUUAAACAUUGUUUCCAAUAAUGUUAAAUAUAUGCUCAUUUGAAAUAUGAUAUCAGCAACAUGUUUCAAAACUAGUGGGGCAGGGUCAUGUUUAACCACUGAGUUGCAUUAUCUUCUUAACUAGCACUCUGUUAACAUUUGGGAACCAAGGAGACCAGUCUCUGGAGUUUGAAAAGUGAAAUAUUGUCCCAUUUUUGCCCAAUUUCAUACUUCAGCUGCUCUCCUUAGCUGUAUUUGCCACAACACUCCAAAUGUUUUCAAUGGGUGGCAAGUCAGGACUGCAGGCAGACCAGUUUCUCAGCAGGACUCUUCUUCUACAGAGCCAUGCUGUUGUAAUCCCUGUAGUCAGAAUGUGGUUUGUAUGAAGGUCUUCCCUGAAAAAGUCUUUGUCUGGAUGUGAGCAGAUGUUGCUCCUAAACCUGUAGAUAUUUUUCAGCAUUAAUGGAGCCUCUGCAGAUGUGGAAGAUACCCAUGACACGAACUUUGAAAAUACCCAUAUACCAUCAGGGAUGCUGGAUUUGGGCUGGGAGCUGAGCACAAGCCAUUUUUCUCUCCCCCUCAGUCCUUCUUAAAUACGUUCAGGUCCAGAGCAUUCUCUGGUGCUCCUGGAUCCUGUUUCUAUCUAAUUUCCUUUUUGCAUGGUUCACUUUUAAUCUCAUUUGUAGAUGCAGAGAUGAACUGUGUUGGUUUUUGAAGUGAUUUUGAGCCCAUGCAGUGACUUCCACUCCAGAGUCCAGUCUAAUUUUAAUGCAGUGCUGCCUGAGGGUCUGAAGAUCAGGACCAUCCAGUCUUGGUUUUGGUCUUUGUCCCUUUAGUACAGAGAUGUCUCCAGAUUCUCUAAAGCUUUUAUUUAUGUUAUGUACUGUAGAUGAUGACAUCCACUCAUUCUCUCACAUUUGACACUCAGGAACAUUAUUCUGAAACUGUUGAACUAUCAGCUCACGCAGCUCUCACAGGAUGGUGAACCUCAUCUUUUUUACUUGUUUUGUUUUCCCUGUCCUUUUUAUGAACUUGUUACUGGCAUCAAAUUUCACCAUAAGUAUGCAUAUUUUCAUGAAACAAUCAAAUGUUUCGGUUUUAACAUUUGAAAUAUUGUCCUUUCUCUAUUUUGAUUAAAUAAAGACUUUUAAUGAUUUUUAAACUAUCAAAACCUUUUCAUUACAAUUUUGCACAGUAUCCAACUUUGUUCAAAAUAUUUAAUAGAAGACAUGCUGUGAUGAAUCUUGUCCUUUGUUACUACUUUUAUGAUUUAGCAGAGAUAUUCACCUGUUUUAUUUGGAUCCAAAGGUAUGAGGAGAGUUUAGGGGAUUUUAAACAAGCCUUCAAAGCACUGAGAGGGAACCAGCUCAUUGACUACAAAGCCCUUGGUCUCCGAUACAAAUUAUAUGCGUGUGAGGUGAGUCUUAUGAAGCAUACAUGAAGCAUACAUUUUUAAAAGACCGCUAUAUACCUUUUUUUUUUUGCUUCGGUUUUUACCAGAUAUUAUGGCCUCGUAGCAAACUCCAUUUUACCUCAGUUAUUCUAAACAGUUCAAACAGCUCUGUUAAUGCCCUGAAUUACAAUUUGACACAUUUCACUCCAUUAGAAAUCCUUACAAAUGCAGUUCAGAUAUUUUUUAAACUCUGUGAUCCUUUUAAUAGAUUAAAAGUGAAGAGUUUCAGCUGUAACAAGAUCUUUUCCUUCCUCAGGUUCUCCAUAAUGUGGCGCUGUGUGAGGCUCAGCUGGGGAACUGGGAGAAAGCUCAGGAUAACCUCCUGAAAGCUCUUGACUACAAGACUGAUGCCAAGCUCAACCUCAUUGACAGAGCACUGCAAUCCACACUGGUCAGUGAACAUACCAUCUUUUUACCAAAACACUCCGGUUACUGAAAAAGCCAGCUUCCGCUCCUCCACUUUGCCUGUUAAGUUGAUUAAAAUUUCGACUGAGUCACUUUAUUCAAUGUGGCUCCAAGAUGUCUUGUCAGAAAACUAUGGGCAAAGCCACUGUUAAUACGUUUUUGUUUUUUAAAAUUUAGACCAUCAAAUAGAGCCAAAUUGACAACAGUUCAGUAACUCAUCGUGGAUAAGAAUCCUUCCUAUGAUGUCAGAAACAAUCUGAUUAAAUCAACAACAUUUUAGUCUCAAUGCUGAUCCAAACAAUGUGAAAAGCUAUGCAUCUGAAAUGUUUGACACAUGAAUCUCUUGUGAUGGAUUUUCUCCAACAGAAACAGAAACUUUUCAAACUGGUCGACUUCCCAUCUAAAGUUCUUUUUAAACCAAAUAAGCACUACGUGGCCGAGCUGGAGAAGAAGGACUAUCUGGGCAAAGCAAAGGUACCUUUUUCUGUGCUGACACACCUCUGUAUUCAUGACAGUAUUCUUUUGUAUGUCAGACUUAAUUCAACUUCAUUGUUGUCAUGCAGGUUCUGAACACUGAGAUGUAGUUUAGCAUUAACCAGAUGUGCAAACACACUUUAAGUUGCUGAGUGUGCUGAGUGAUGUAAACAGGUACAGACAGCAUGAGCACCAACAGUAGCAGAUGUUACAUUAGACUGAGUCCAGCUCUGCACAUUCAGUAACAUUUCAGUCAAGGACCUAGUCAGUGAUUUUAUCUUUACCCUGUUUUGCAAAAUUAAAAAAGAGAAAAAAUAACUCAUUUAUUUCUCUGUCAUCUACAGGUUGUUGCCUCUGUAGUUCCUCAGGAUGAAUUCUCUGGAUUUGCUCCAUUACAGCCACAGGUGAGCUUUUCUUUUUCUAAGAUCUAAAAUAUUUACUUUUUGAAUAUUUACAAAAUGUGUCAUAGCUGAUUUGGUCUCAAGUGAACAGUUCUUUGCACAGCUGGUUAAACUUGGUUGUGCCUCUACAAACCUGAGAGCACACACAAAUCUAUGUUCUGAAACUGCUGUCUCAUUACUGUGCAGCUGAUAAACCACUUGCAAAUCAUCUCCUGCAUGUUUCACUAACAGCAUGUGGAGCCAUAGAUAAAUGUCUGUACUCUCUGCGUCUCACCUCUCAACUGUUCUAAAUUUGAUCCACGUUGAGAGUAGCGUCCUCAUUAUCAUGCUUUUCACUCAUUCUGUGCUGGUUUUAAAGUUAGAGAUGCUCAGUGGAUGUCACUCACAUAUAGGGAGGGGUUUUGGGUAGAGGAAGAGAGCAGGAUCUUCUCGACUACAUGGUUUACAGCAGCGAGGCCAUGUAAGAGCAGUUCACUCCUGCCUUGUCUGAAGAAAGAAAAUCUCUUCACUGUUUAGUAGAGACUUUAUUCAGUGUGUCUUUGACCACAACAAAUUAAAUUCAGAAACCCUAAUCUCGGUUUUCAUAAAAGGUGAGAUAAAAUCUAGAAUUAAAGGUUCAGCAAGGAAAAGACUAUUGAAAAAGACUAAAAAAUGCUUAUUCUCUAUCAUCAAUAAUCAAAUACCAUACAUAAUAAUUUCUGAAGCAUUGACUAGAUUUCUUGUCUUUCUGUUUACACCUGACAGGUAGAAGAUAAUCCAGUUCAUCCCAAAGAGCCUGAAGUCCUGAGGUACAACAGUCACUUUAGACAGUAGAAACAUGAAGCUCUUUGAAUAAACAUUCUGAUUAUUGAAGUGAUUAAUUUGAUUCCUCUUAAAGUUAUUUUUACCUUUAUGAUGUGUUUUCCACUGUACAAAGGGACAGAGGGGAAAGUAACAAGCAGAGCUAUGAAAUGGCAUGUUGUCGAAAGAAGAAAAUGGUGGUGCACUAUAAAGAAAUGUGUUAUUUAUAUAUAGUAAUAUUAAAGAUUGAUGUGUGUAAAGUCUCAGCAGUACGUUGUUUGUUUCUUCAGGGCUCUGGAGGGAGAACCUCACACAGUCCUGUUCGAGUUUAUUCCUGAGACUAAUGACGAGCUUGCUGUCGUUCCUGGAAACAUUGUGUUUGUGCUGCAGAAAGGAACAGACAACUGGGCUUCUGUCAUCUUCAAUGAAAGAGUAAGACGUUCAUCUUCGAUGAAAGAGUGAGACGUUGGUCUUCAUGUAAAGUCAUGAAUAUUUUUAAUUUGUUUAUUUGAGCAACAUUUCAAAUGUUUUUGAGACUUCACAUAUGUUGUACAAAAUAAACAACAGUGGCCCUGGCGUUGAACCUUGAGGAACCCCACAACUCGUGUAUUGAUUCCUGUUGUUUAGAUAUCUUAUCAGCCAAACAGUGCAGCUCCUCUUAUUCAAUAAUUUUUAAGUUAAUAUUAUCACUGAUUAAAUCAUUAUCAAUAAAUUGUGACCAAUCAUGUCAGAUGCUCUUUUUUAUGUUUAAUGUUAAAGAGAGUAUAUAAUCUGUGUUACAGAGGGGACUUGUUCCUUAUAACUACCUGGAACGUUUGGAGAUCUCAUUAGCUUCUAAACAAAAUGAGGUGAGGAAUGAACUAUACUAACUGUACACUAAUGUGGCAAGUGACACAAUAGUUUAUCAGUUUUUUGGAUCUAUCUUUGCACUUUAUAUGGCGUUUUCCUGAAUGCUGAAUUUCUUGAAUGCUGAACCAUCAUCAGGGCAUCUCUGUGCCUCCAAACCGAGCACCACCUACCAGACCUGAAAGAAAACAAGGUACACUGAUAUGACAGAGUUUGAGCAAACUUUGAAAACUACAUCCAUCCAGCAUAAAUUCUGCUGUAGAGGCAGGGAGAGUGCAAGUUCUAUCAAACAAUAUCUUUCCUGUCAAACUUUGUAUUGAAGGUGUUACUGGCAUCAAAAACAAGAAUGGAGACAUGCAUGUGCAGCAGAAGGUAUGUUGACUCUGAUCCUGCAUUUGUUCAGCCCUGCUCAUGAAAACAACAACUUUGCUGUCUUGGGAUUGUAGGUCAAUAUCUUGUCAACACACAUACUGAAAAAAUAAAGGCCUGUUUCUCUAUAUAUUUUAUUUUGUAUUUCAGAGAAAUGUUCUUUUUGCUGUCUUGCAAUAAAUGAACCACUAAACGUGAAUAUUUAACACAAUUUAAUCUACAUCUCCACUUAUUAAGAUUUGGAAAAAUUGCAUGCAUGAUUGUUGAUGACUCCCACUUAUUUAUUUUUAAUUGUGUAAUGACUUGGUUUCAUUUUUGUAUCUGUUUCAAUAUUUUCAGCCUGCAGAUGAUUCUUGUAUUGUCAAAGUCCGCUUCACUUUCACCUUUGCCGUCUCAGUACCAGCUGGAUCUUCUUGUGCUGUACUGAUGGAGAAAAUCAGCAAGAAGUUGAAUCUCCCAUAUAAUGCAAUCACCUUGAGGUAGUGCGCACAUUCAAAAAAUACAUUUUAGUUUUUAAAGCAUGUGUCUUAGUGAAUUUAAUCCUCUUGUUUGAUUUAGUUUGACCUCUGAGGGGACUGAAGAAAGUGUAAUCGACGCAGACACAGAAAUGGAAAGUGUGUGGAGUCGAGUUGAAGGUAGAUGGCCCACUCUGUGGUGUCACGCCAAAGAGGUAAGAAGUGAUUAAUGUCUGUGCAUGCUAGCUUCACAAGAUUAUCCUGUUGAUUUAGUUGGAGUUUCCAUCAAGGUUUAUGAAUGGGAGGCUUGUGAGGAGUUGGUGCUUUACCAAAGUCCUCAUUAGUUUGUUAGUUUUUUGUGCUAUUGUGUAUUAUGCCAUCAGAAACUCCUGCUUUCUGUUAAGUAAAAUUGCAGUUUUUGUCACAGAUUUCUGUGAUCCAAUCAUUACAUUACAAUGAGUUAUAAGGUUCCAUAUAAUCGUAAUUUUAGCUGUUAAAACAUGUAGUUGUCUUUUCAACAAGGUUUUGAGUUUAACUGCAAAAAAAAAAAAAAAAAAGGCAUCUGUGGUGGAUCUGCAGCCUCUCAGUUUGUAACCUCAUCGAUCAUCUAUGCAGUGAUCUGAGUAGGAGUUUGUGAUUAUAAGGCGCUGUGCUGAUUGGCUGUCUAAAAAUUGCCUGAGGCAGGUGGGUGCAGACAGAUGCAGAGGCAGAAAAAAACUUAACAAAUACCGUGAGGGCACCAGGAGAAUCAAACUCCAACCCAAUUAAUGACCCAAAUUUUGACACUAAACAGGAAGAGGCAACUGCUGAGGUGUUGCAUUGUUACAACAGCAUGUCUCUGAGUAGCACGCCAAAAUUUCAGUGUUGUUUCUACUUUCUUGCCUUGUGAUCAGCCUCUGUUGUUGAAGAAAUCCAAGGUGAAGGGGUUGGCACAAACAAAGACAUGAGUUACAGCUGUAGCUGACGCAUUAUUAAAAACAAAAAGCAGCCACUGUUUUCUUCAGUCCUGGGACAGAAAAUAGACAUUGGUGUUUUUCUUAGCCUACAAAUGUCUUUAUUUUUUCCUAAGAAAAGCAUGUACCUAAAGUUUGGUAUUGACUUUGAUUUCUGUGAAUACUAACUAAAAGUAAGUAUUCACAGAAGAGCUUGAUGUCUUGGCCCAACCCCUCUAUUGUGUUUGCUCUGCUGUGGGUGUCACCUCAUACUGUUGAAGGAAGGCUAUUCAGCUUUGCCGGAUACACAUGUAAACCAGUGAGGAGAGCCUAUUGUGAUGACAUCAUUAGUGAGUGAGUCUCACUGAGAUAUUGUGAGAUGUCCCAACAAACUGUUUUGAGCAGUUUACAUCUAUUUUCCAAGACUAUGACAACAUACGUUAAACUUGUGAUUUAAAAUUACACACAUCUAGUAUGGACACCAAACAAUGUAACUUUGCAUUUUUUGUGGUAAAUGUGGGCAAUAGCAAUUCCACCAUUUGAAGCUUGUUUUUUGAUAACAGAGAAAACUUUGAUGUAUUUUCUCUCUUAAGCAAACUGAUGGGGAGCCUCAGACCGAGAUUUACUUUGUAGCUCUUCAUACCUAUGAGUCUUCAAAUCCUGAAGACCUCAACUUCAGUGAAGGGGAUCAAAUCACAUUCAUCUCUCGAGGUAAGAAUUGAUCAUUUAGAGGGUUUAUAUACUAAACACUUGGAUUUUUUCAGGAUCUGUGAUUUCAAUUACUGUUUUUUCCCCUCAUCUGUAGUUAACCAAGAUUGGUUGGAGGGUCAGUGUAAAGGGAAUACUGGAAUUUUUCCUGCAGCCUUUGUGGAGGAAGUUCCACCCAGCAUCCAGUAGUUUGAAUAAAAUCUUGAACACGGAAAAGCAUCCUGAAUAAAGCGAGUGAGUAAUCCAGAGAAGAAGACAAGCACCCCAAAUCAAAAGCUUUUUUAUAACCAGUUAAGUAAAACUCACAGUUAGUCUAUUAAAAGGAAACUUUUGCAAAGCAUUUUAAAAAUCCAGUAGCCGUCAUUUUUUAGUAGAAAUGUAAAGCAGACAUCAGUAGAUUAUUUGACAAUUAAAUGGUCUACGGUUGCAGCACUAAAAUAUCAUAUUUUGUCAUUAGAAUAAACACAUUUUUAUAGGUUGAUGCAUGAAUGGAAAACUCAAAAAUAUUGUAAUUCAUGUGAAACGGUUUAAUCAGUAUGUACAACCUACAUCAGUUAACAGCAGUAUACAUUUAAAAGCUGGUAGUGCAAACUGGCUUAAUUAAAUAAUCAUCUGUAGACUCUGUGUAUCAGUGUUCAAUCAUGAAAGAGAAGUUCCCUCCUCUUCGUAGGCGAUAGCUAUUCCUUUCCUGCCCUUCACCGCCUUCACCACUGGGGUCUCCCCCAACUUCUGCUCCAAACCCUUCCAGCUCCGCUCUGCCAGGAAAGAUGCUGAAAAGAGGCAAAAAGAAAUCUUUGAAGGAAUGUGACAUAUUUAUAAAUGUAAGACAUGCUAACUUGUUCAAAGUGUAACCAAGUUUUACAUGUGUGUGAUAUUCUACAAUUAAAAGUAUUUAAGACAAGGAAA